AUGGCUUCGUUUGGACAGAAGCGACUACAAAAAAUACAACAAUCAUUGCCCCCUGGCAUAAACCUCGUCAACGCAGACAACUUCCAAGAAUGGAACAUGGAUAUCCGUGUCCUUGACUCCAACCCCCUCUACCAAAACCAAAUCUACCGCCUGCGAUUCCGCUUCUCCAAGAGCUAUCCAAUAGAGGCCCCCGAAGUCACUUUUUCACACCUGACACAACCACCCCGCCCCAUCCCAAUACACCCGCACAUCUACAGUAAUGGCAUCAUUUGUCUAGAUCUGCUAGGAAGCCAAGGGUGGAGCCCCGUGCAGAAUGUGGAGAGCGUGUGUAUGAGCAUACAGAGUAUGCUGACCGGGAACAACAAGAAUGAAAGACCACCAGGGAAUGAGGAAUUCGUGCGACAGAACGUGCUGAGGCCAAAAGAUGUCCGGUUUGUGUAUGAGGAUGAUACAGUAUGA